AAUAUGGCGAGGAGAAUAUGAAUGUCCAAGAAGAAUAUGAAGCCCUGGGAUUGUCCAUGAGAAACAAUAUCGAGAGAUGAAGCGAGCCAAGGUUUUUUAAAGUUUAUGGAGUCAAAGAGAGUGCGAAAAGUGGAAGAUGAAUUAGAGGCGACACUAACUCCUACUAUCAGACUGACCCCGAUAUCAUUUGAAAAAUGGCACCGCAAUCGUUUUGGUUGUUGCUACUAGCUGGAAUCUUCUUGCGAAGCGCCUCCGAUAGACGUCGCAUUGAUGGAGAUGUCACGCUUAUUUCUACGAGGUUGCAAAGCACAGUAGUUGCACCAGGGACGAGUGCUCUCGGACCUGGAGGAGGUCUGUUCCAACAAAAUACCUCUUCUACCCGCACUAGACCAGGGCUAUCAAAAAUAAGUGUGAAUGACAACAAGGCCAACAACUACUUCUCGAGCGUAACUAAGCAGAACACCAAUCCCUUCACUGCGAAACCUCCUGUUCCUGUCGAUGUGCGAACGGGAGCAGCGAAAGCGGCUGCUUUGAUCAACAAACUGAAGCAGAAAUAUGCUACGGUUGUACGACGUGGCAGCUGCAGUGCGCGCGCGCCCGUGUGUCAGGAUCUGGACGUCGCAGUGGUGCAAGACGGCAGAAUUCGCCGUCUAUAUACAGAUCCUGCGACAUGUGGAAUCAUAGUUGGAGAGGUACGUUGUAAAGACACGAGCAGUGGAGGUGCUGCUGUGCUGGUGCAGAAGCCAAAGCCUGCACCUGGUGUAGCUGGAUCAGGAAUAGCAUCUUCAACAACUCAUCUCGGGACUUCUAUGUCAAGUAGAAAUACACCAAAUUCACUUGGUGAUAGUGGGACGAAGAGCGGAGAAAACGACAACUUCCGUAGUCUCGCUCCAGAGCAGGAUAAAGUCGUAUACUAUGGACCAUUGACCAUGGUAGACCCCACAAAUUCUAGGGAACUGCAGCCUCAGGCUCAGCGUCACCUGGCACCACUGAAUUGCCAAUGUCAUGCGGGCCGUAAAUUCUUCUCUCUACCUAACGGUGUAGGGCCUGCUGAGAAUCCGUUCACCUACAACUACGUACAGCCUUCGCCCUCCGGAGGACCAUCUUCCUCCUCUUUGCCUUCUUCCAGCAGUACAAUGACCUGCGCAACGUGUCAGUCUUGUGAGUGUGAAUUUCAUGUCGCUGGAUCUUCCGCAAUUUUCAACUACUUCAACGUGAAGAAGUCGAGGAUAUACAGGUAUUUCGCUACGCGCGAGCAGACAACAAGUCGUGCUGGAGCCACUGUUAAGGCAACGCAGGGUGCAUCCUCAACAUCAUCCUUGGCUUCCAUUUCAACUAGGAAAAGGGGCAAAGGAUGCUAUCAGGGAUGCAACGGCGAUAGCCCUAACACUGGUGGCGGAGCUGCGGUGCGUGAGCUAGAAGAUGCAACAUCAACAUCAACUAGAAGAAGAACAUCAACUGGUGGUGAAGCUGUGCGUGAGCUAGAUGCGGGAGUAGAAGAAGUUGCAAGUAGUCCAGUAAUGCAUGAAGAGGAAGAAGUAGAUGAGGCAGCUCCUGUACCUGCAACAAUAACUACACCAAGAAGAAGAACAUCCGAUGCAACCAACAUCGAAACUGUUUGCAAGUCCCGAAACCUCAACGAGAACAGCCAGAAUAAGAAGUACUACGGCCGUUUCAAAGUCCUAGCGAUAGGCAUGGGAGUAGGCUGGAUUCAGCAAACGUUGGCGAGAGAAUGCCCAGACUUCGAUAUCCUAACCAUCGAAAUCAGCGAACCGCUUUCGCAAGUGUCUAAGCAUUUGUUUGGCUAUGAGAAAACAAAAAUGCUGGGGGAUGAAACGUCUGCAAGAAUAAUGAGUUCCAGUUUCUCAACAUUGACCUCUUCUGCGUCUUCUUCUGUUUCUUCGUCUUCUUCAGGAGCCUCUUCUGGAGGUGCUGCCUCGUCAUCUUCCACGACUGACUCAACCACAUCAGCCACUGCACUCCCAGUAGUCGGAAGGAAUCGCUUAGUGAUUUCAGACGCGCUAGCAUGGGUAGAGGAAGCAGCAGCGAAAAAAAGCGCCAUGAGUCGUAUCGUUAUGCCUGAAUGUAUUAUCUACUCAUUCUUACUCCAACUAGUACUACCAGUUGUAGAAGUGCCAGAUGAUCGUUGCUUUUUUUUUCAUACUGACUAUGGAAUAGUUACUAGAGUUAGGCGUUAGCGCGAUCAUCUAGAUAUUACUUCCAAAUGUUCAACAUCAAAUCUAACCCGUCUACUCCUUCCUCAGGCUCAAUUAUAUUUUUUUCAUACUGACUCCGACUAUAUCAACAUUUUUGUACAACUCUGGUGCCGUCCUCUGCUUGAUGAAACACUUCUUCUAACAGAGGACACGACGCUCCCACAUCCUCCACUCCACACCCUUCUGCCUCAAAUUUGAGUUUUGACCUCAUGAUCGUCGAUUGCUUCCUCCCGAAUGGCAACGUCCCUCGUCCAAGUUGCCAAGGAGACCGGUUUGCACGUGCAGCGAGUCAACUACUCAAAGAUGAGAAGGCCUUGUUACUGCAGAACACGCUGAGCCACACAUCAACGAACUCAGUAGCGAGUAGUUUGGAGGAAUCGCAGCUAUUCGACAAUGUCGCGAGACAAAAUGUACCUGGCACACCAAACAUAAUUGUCACUGCGAAUAAAAAGGUCAACCUUGCAUGAAAUUAAAAUAGGACGAUCGCAAAAUAAAUAUCGUUUUGAUCAUCGUCGAGGUGGAAGGUUCUCGUUUUACUGCCGCAACUGUUUUAAAAUUGGAAUGCAUUGCUGGUUCCACGAAAGAGACGCGAUCUUUAAAAAUCACGCAAUCCCAAGUGAAAAAGAAUCAAGAAGAAUGAAAAUGAGUUAAUCUCAGAAGGCCAGCGUUCUUGUUCUUAGUAGGGAUCUCCAGCCACUUGUUCAAGAAGAAGGAAUUGUAAUGAAUGCGACGACUUUCUUUAUAACAAACUAUCGCUAGUAAUAGUAUGAUCGCAUCUUCAUCUUCUCCAAUCUUCUUCAACGCCAAUUCCAACGUCAAAUCAUCAGACUAAUACAAGGAAUGCAGCGAUCAACAACACUUGGUCGUAUAUUACGUUGAAGUUGAAAGAGCAGCGACUCUACUGGAAUCUGAAUGCACAACAUGCGUC